GACGUCAACACCGGACGUAAUCUGUCAAUACGCGGUGGAGAAAUGAGGAGUUCAGAUCGAAGCAGCGCGGAGGUUCGCGAUAUCCGUGCGCGUUUGUGAAGGUGGGAAAUGCCCUCGCUGUCGGAGCUUUGGUCUUUCCGCGAGCGCUCCACGGAGGACGCGCGCUUUUAAAGCCGACGCGUGGACGAGCCGCUCGCUAGCCGUCGCCAUCGAGCUACAACGGUUUCUAUUGAGAAUAAAGAAGACGACGGGAUCCAGACGCGUUUACUCACACCCAUGCGACACUUAUCAGGGGAGAGAUGGAUAUGAGAGAAGUGUAUGUGGUGACCGGCAGCUUCGUGAGCUUUCAGCUGUUCUUCUCCUGCGUCAGUCCGGUUCUGUCCUCCAACUUCACGCAGGGUUACGGGAGAUUACCACCCCACAAACUCAACGACUGGAACUCCAGGCUGGUGUCCACCUUCCAUGCGUUGAUCGUGGGACUUUUCUGUCUCUAUAUCCUCUGGUUCGACGAUGCCGUCAACAAAGAUCCAGUGUGGGGAGAUCCUAACUUGGUAAAGUUGAAUGUGGCAAUCACCUGUGGAUACCUCUUCUACGACCUUUUGCUGUUGGCUUGUAACUGGAGUACCAUGGGAGAUGCAUUUUUUGUCUGUCACCACUUGGCGGCGCUCUAUGCUUAUGGAUACGUGCUGACUCGCGGACUGCUUCCUUAUUUCGCGAACUUCCGGUUGAUUUCCGAAUUGUCGACACCAUUUGUCAAUCAAAGGUGGUUCUACGAAGCGCUGGGACAUCCCCGUACGCAUCCGCUGGUCGUCAUCAACGGCAUCGUCAUGUCGAUCGUGUUCUUCCUCGUCCGCAUUGCCGUGAUGCCGCCGUACUGGGUGAAGGUGUUCGGUACGUUCGGCACGCCGGAAUUCGAGAGGCUGGGUCUCGGUCCUCAGGUGGCUUGGAUCGUCUCCUGCAUUUGUCUGGACAUCUUAAACACAAUCUGGAUGUACAAAAUCGCCCGCGGCUGCUACAAGGUCAUCAAAGGCAAGCUGAGGGGGGCCACGACAGACUCCAGAAAGUCCAAUGACGUGAACAACCACAAAGACUGAGCUAGCGUUGGGACUAAGGGGGAGGAACCUGUCAGCAAUAAUGACAUCUAGAUGAAUAAAUGUAUACCGGGAUAAACGUUCUUUUCAUGUUCUCGAACUGAAGGUGAACUGAAGGAGAGAAUGUCGUCCCAGUGUCCAGUCUCGGAUGAAAGUCUGAGCAAACAAACAAACCUGUUAAGAGUCAAACACAACCAAAGGCCUUAAGUGCCUCCAAGCACGAGAAGAUGUCCAUCACAUCUCCAUUUUAAAGCAACUGGCCUUCGAUUCUUCGACUGUGAUCGCGAACCUUGUUUUCUUGUUCGUGACCUCACUCCCAUUCUUUGUGUCUCAGGUCCUCCGUGGCAUGUGGACGUCCUCAACUCCACGUUAGUUGAAUGACUGACGCCCAAACCUUCACUGGACAACCAGAAGUGCUACUCGACUGCAUUCAGUCUCAUGUCAAAGUUACAUUGCCAGUUCUGUCUGACUGAUUGCGAGACUUGCGAAACCGCAGAUCUACAUCUACCUCCGUCUCAAGCACAAGCUGAUUUUUAUACCCGUCUUCAAGAAUCAUGAACAGCGUCUUUAAAGGACAGUCAGACACUCAAACCUGCUAUUAUAGUCCAGACUCGCAAUUCAACAGUUACUGUACGUUGCAGAUCGGUGGUUAUGUGAAAAAUAUUAAUGUGAUGCUGGUUGUGUGCAUGAUGUCUCUGACUGACGGUCAAAAUUUGGGAUACAUUUGCAUCCGUUUCUCACAAGACCUUCCUACAUUUUUCUUUGUCACCUUUUCUGUUUGCUAGUUUUUUUCGGACAAGCCGAUGAUCCGCACGCACGGUUUGCAACUUUCUUCUCCUCACCAAGAGCAUAGCGAACAUGACUUGAUCUCGUUCUCCCGCGUUUGUUUCUUUUUCUCUGCCAAACGGAAGUGUGUUUUCAGCAUGCUCUGCAGAAAUUCUCACUGCGGAAGCCGUUUCCCGUCCUUUAGGUGUUGGCAUGCGUCAUGAUGUUGAAUGCUGCUGUCGUGCUCCUCCUGAACAUGAUUUCCAGCUGAUAUUUAUCUGUUCUGUGGUACACUUUAUGAUAUAUAUACAUGUAUAAAUAUAUGCAGUACAUUUCCCUGCCAAGUAUUGGACAAGAGUAAAUCUCUGCAUUCGGAGCUAGCAUUUCUCUUCUUAUAAUCAGGUACGCCUUCAAAACGAAUGUUGUUUAAUCUUGGAAUCGACUCGAGGGUCCUGCUGACAGCGAAUGUGGGCCUUUUGUUUGGGAGGGGAGUGUGGGUAAAAUGUUUGAAAACGUCUUCUUUUUUGCCUUGCGUCCAGAAUUCUGAGUAACCAAAUACUCCUCCAGACCUUGAAAACGUAAAGCUGUGACAGUAGAAAUGUAUUUUAGAGAAGAAAUGGCCAUUUGGUCAUGUCCUUAUGGCUAGUUAUAAUACCGAAAAUUAGCUUCAACCUUCAUGUUUGUAGAAAGAAAUACACUUUUAAAACGUCUUGCCUCUGUGGUACAAAACAAAAUCUACACAACUGCACAAUCUGAUGCUUUUGUGGUUUAUAAACCAUCGUAGUGUUCUUCAGGGACCGGCCGUCCUUCGCAUUAGACUAGUAUCGACUUUUAAGGGCUAACCAAAAUCAACAGAAAGUUCAAUGAAGAAUUUGAAAGGAUAGAUCAGCCAAAAAGGAUUUAAAAGAAUGUAAUCAAACAGUUCUGGGUCACUAUUGACUACCAUAGUUGAACGAAUAAAAACUACCAUGAUUUUUUAAUAGUGCCCUAGAAAUGUUUGUUUCCUACAUUCUUCAAAACCAAUUUUUUGUGUUCUGCGUAAGAAAUAAAGUCAUACAGGUUUAAAAUAGGGCUGUCAAACGAUUUAUCACGUUUAAUCGCAUCCAGAAUAAAAGUUUGUUUUAACAUUCUAUAUCGUAUGUCUACGCACUGUGCAUAUUAGUUUAACAAGUAAACAUGCAUAUAUUUAAGAAAAAUAUAAGGUACAAAUGAUUAAACGUUUAUAUAUCAUUUAAAUGAUUAAACUUUUAUAUUUAAUUUGAAUUAAUGGUAAAUAAAUAAAUAAAUACAUAUAUACAAAUAUUUCUUAAUUAUGUAUGCAUGUAUGUGUUUAUAAAUACAAAAAAAAUAUACACAGCACACAGACAUUUAUUAUGUACAGUAAACACAAACUCUGGAUGCGUUUAAUCGAUUGACAGCCCAUUUGAAACAACUCGAGGGAAAGUAAAUAGUUAAAAUUUUGGGGUCAACUAUCCCUUUAAGUGAUGAUACUCCAAAUAACACAUUUUAUUGGCAAUAAAACAUUUGUAUACAGAUAGAUUUGAAUAGAUCAGUCAUGCAACAGUCUUGCUAUAUAAAGCCAGAAGGUAGUAACUGCUCCAAGACCAGAUAGCGUUCUAGAUAGAUGUAAAUGGAAAAUGGUUCAUGUAAAAACACUUUUCAAGCCACUGUAGAGUUAGCACACUUCAAAACCCUGAGGCUGAACUUCAGGUGUAGUAAAAGCGGAGGGCUUGCUAUAGUACAGUUUGGAAGGAUGUGAAAUAGAAAUACGGAGAAACAAAUCAAACAUUUUUAGAUUAAAGUCUUCAAUGUAACGUUGUACGUUGUUUACAAAGACUUACCCACAACCUCGUGGUAAUCUAUGCUGCACUAGGUCAUCGUCUUUGGAUUGAUGCUCUCGACCAGAUGUGUGAUAGACCACGACUACAGUAUUUAUGAUAAUCACAACUCAAAUUGUUUCUGCGUUUCAUGGUUUUGAAAAUGGCAACCAGCAAAACACAUCACAAACGUUUUUAUUAAAAACGAAAAGCGCUGAAACCGCAUGCAUUUAUUUUGGACAUUUCAAAUUUCCGUUGAGCCGUUUAAUUUCAGGACACUAAUGACAGGAGACCCUAGUUGAAUAUCGAUGGGUGAUGAUGAUAAUCUACUAUAUGAGUGACUUUUCCAACCGUCCAGCCUUUUCUACCUGUCCGAACGUUCAGAUGGAGCUUUCUGUCUUUUGCCGUCCGCCUUUUGUAUAGGCAGUCGAGUUUUCAAUGGAAUAAUUGUAAUUUAUUAUGUGCAAUUCUCCGUGCCAGUAUUGAAGAUGUAUUUAUAGAAACAUGAAUUAAAUCUUUAACUGGAAGACUCAACUGUUGAAUAACUGUUAAACUGUAGUUCAGUUUUUGCCCUGAUCUUUUGAUUCAUUGAUUUUUUUUUUUAACACAUUACUGUGUUAUGAUUCCAAUUGUCUUUGGAAAUUUUCAUGUGAAAAUCAUUACUUAACAGGUGUCUUAGAGCACCUGCUUCACCUACUUUAAAAUCGACGGAUAAGUAUUACAGAUAAUAAUAUCGUCUUAGCAGUGGUCAAAUCAUGAGCUGUUCAUGAAUAAAGUUGAGAUUGUAGACAAACUAAGAUGAUUACUUACUCAUCAUUUUCUGAAAACUUUUUCGUUUUUGAGGUAAUGAAACAUUUUUUGUACAUUUGUUAUUAAUCUGUUGAUUGUUUAGUGUCUGUUUUGAGUGGACAUUUGGCUCUUGAGGUUAAUGUUGUGUUUUGCCUCUACAGCUGGAUGUUUGGUCAUUUUUGGGUAUUUUACUGUUGACCUUGCAGCUGUUUGCUAAUUCUAGGCAUAAACUAAAGAUUAAUUCAAGUUUGCUUUCAAAUAAGCCUUCUUGUUUUACAAAUAGUGUUGACUUCUACUACAUGCUGACCAGUGAUUACUGUGAAAAAGCAUUUGCACAAAAUAAACAGAAAAUGUGACCCUGCCUGUGAAAAUCCAGCUAAAGUCACUUUUUUCUGAUUUACUGUUUUGUGCUCAAAAUGAUUCAACCUAAUGUGCAUUUAAUAUUGACUGAGUAAUGCCAUGUCAAAGACUGAAAUCAUAGUGAAAUGAAUGAUUGAAAUUAAACUGUGAUGCUUCUUUUGAGACUUUAGUCUGGGUUUCACGGACAAGGUCACAAAUGUAAAGAUAAACAUUGUUCCAAAAAUGUGCCAUUUUCUCUUUGUGCAUCCCUGGGUGGACAAAUGUAGGCUUGUGUAGUAAACACAGCCGUGGAAAAAAUGCGAGACCAUUUCAAAGAGCCUUUUCAGUUUUUCUGAAUUUUUCCUAUUUAUGGGUUUAGAUCAAAUUAGAAUUUUUGUUUCGUUUUGUGAACUACAAACAAUAUUUCUCCCAAAUCUUAAAUAAAAAAUGUUGCUUCUAUUUGCA